AUGGCCCCGUCCUCACAUCACUCCGCCUCUUCGUCGUCAGCCUCGUCCACUUCUGCGACUAUGACCGAACGCGACCCGGAGAGCCAGCAGCCCAAGGGCAACCAAAAGGUGAACUAUGUCCGAGGCCUCAUCGACCAGGCCGGUGUCACGGACGCGGUCCUCAACCACCACUACGCCGGCGAGGGCACGGAUGAGUCGCCCUACCUCGUCGAGUUCCUGCCCAACGACCCCUACAACCCCAUGGGUUUCAAGCGGUCGCGCAAGUGGUUGAUCACCAUUGUCCAGGCCUUUGCGACCCUGUCCGUCUCCUUUGCCAGCUCGGCCUUCUCGGGCGGCCUCGCCACCGUCCUCUACGACUUUCGUGUCUCGCAGGAGGUCGCCAUCCUUGGCGUCUCCAUGUUUGUCCUCGGCUUCGCCAUUGGACCCCUCUUCUGGGCGCCCCUCUCCGAGAUGUACGGCCGCCAGAAGCUCUUCUUCAUCACCUACAUGGCCAUGACGGCCUUUGAGGCCGGUGCCGCCGGCGCGCCCAAUAUCGAGACGCUCAUCAUCCUCCGCUUCUUCGCCGGUGCCUUUGGAUCGUCGCCCCUGACGAACGCUGGCGGUGUCAUCGCCGACAUGUUUGUGGCCAACGAGCGCGGCAUCGCGACCAGCAUCUUCGCCAUGGCCCCCUUCCUGGGCCCCGCGCUCGGCCCCAUCGCUGGCGGCUUCCUCGGCCAGGCACACGGGUGGCGCUGGGUGCAGGGCAUGAUCACCAUCUUCAACGGCAUCCUGUGGAUCUUGAGCACCGUCACCUACCCGGAGACCUACACCCCAGUCCUGCUGCAGGAGCGCGCCAAGGCGCUGUCCAAGAAGACGGGCAAGGUCUACAUCUCCAAGCUCGACGUCGGCCAGCCCAAGCUGAGCGUCGCCGCCCGCCUCAAGGGCGCGCUGCUCCGCCCCUGGAUCCUGCUCUUUGUCGAGCCCAUUGUCCUCAUCACCUCCAUCUACAUGGCCAUCAUCUACGGCACCCUGUACCUGUGCUUCGCCGCCUUCCCCAUCGUCUACCAGCAGGGCCGAGGCUGGAGCCCUGGCAUCGGUGGCCUGGCCUUUAUCGGUCUGGCCGUCGGCAUGACCAUUGCCGUCGUCGGCACCAUUUUCGACAACAAGCGCUAUGCCCGCACCGCGGCCAAGCACAACGGCGCGGCGCCCCCCGAGGCCCGUCUGCCGCCGGGCAUGGUGGGCUCCAUCCUCAUCCCCGUGGGCAUGUUCUGGUUCGCCUGGACCAACGGCCCCGACGUCCACUGGUCCGUCUCCAUCAUCGGAUCUGGCGUCUUCGGCGCCGGCAUUGUCCUCAUCUUCCUCUCGCUGAUGACCUACCUCAUCGACUCUUACGUCAUCUUCGCCGCCUCCGUGCUGGCGGCCAACUCGGUGCUCCGCUCCCUCUUUGGCGCCGCCUUCCCCCUGUUCACCUCGUACAUGUACGAGGACCUCGGCAUCCACUGGGCCUCGUCGAUUCCGGCCUUCCUCGCCGUCGCCUGCGUGCCCUUCCCCUUCAUGUUCUACUACUACGGCCACCGCAUCCGCGCCAACGGCAAGUACGCCUCCGAGGCGGCAGCCGUGCUGCAGCGCAUGCGCACCAAGACCGAGGAUAGCGGCGACACCGUGGGCGAGCAGAUGCAGAUGGAGCGGACGAGGAGUAACGCGAUUCCCAACUGA